GACAAAUGUACGAACUGAAAGUAUAAAGAGCCUAGCAACAACAAGAGAGACGAACAGUUAUCUGGGGACUGGGGGGUGCAGAUGGAUGCAUUCGCUUCCAAAAAAAUCCUGGGCCCAAGAAUCCGCCUCGCUGUUGAUCGAAGGUCAGAAAUCCACUCUCGCCUCAAGUUUGGACCUCUGUUCUCAAUGGCAUCAAAUCUUUGUCAUUGGUGACCAUAGUGGAACACCGUAACUGAAAGGAGAUCCCCAGCUGGACCACUUCCGGGUGUGGAACAUGCAAAAUAACCCUGAACCAGUGAUGCAUACCCUUCAUACCUGAACGUUAAGGGAUGAACGCAAUCAGGAAGAAGAGAUUUUGGGCAUCCUGUUUCUGUGUGAUGGCGCUUUUUUUCCUUCUCGUCACUCUCCAGGUGGUUGUAGAACUUGGAAAAUCUGAAAGAAUGGAGACGAAAAGCUCGGCUUCACAAAAGGGUGCGUUCAAGGAGGAAGAGCACCAGAAAGUCGUAAGCUUGUCAGAGUCUCCCAGCACCAUAAAGACAGCCAUGGACAAAGACAACCAUCCUGUCUUGGUUUGGUGGUCUCCGCUGACGGGAGAGACUGGGCGGCUUGGCCAGUGCGGUCAAGAUGCCUGCUUCUUUACGAUCAACAGGACUUAUCAGUACAGUCCUAUGACAAAAGCAUUUCUCUUCUAUGGUACAGACUUUAAUAUUGAUGCCUUACCUCUUCCUCGUAAAGACCACCACGACUGGGCCCUUUUCCAUGAGGAGUCACCCAAAAAUAACUAUAAACUCUUCCAGAGGCCAGCCGUCACCUUGUUCAACUACACGGCAACGUUCAGCCGCCACUCACACUUGCCCCUCACAACCCAGUACCUCGAAAGUAUUGAAGCCUUAAAGUCACAGAGGUACAUGACCCCUUUGCAAGAGAAGAACAGCUUGAGGAAGAGACUCGCUCCGCUUGUCUACGUACAGUCAGACUGUGACCCCCCCUCCGACAGGGACAGCUACGUGAGGGAGCUGAUGGCCCACAUUGAGGUAGACUCUUAUGGAGCCUGCUUGCAUAACAGAGAUCUCCCAGAGCAUCUCAAGAACCCGGCCUUCAUGGACAGCGAUAACUUCUACAAGAUACUCGCUCAGUACAAAUUUGUCUUGGCUUUUGAGAAUGCCGUUUGUCAGGAUUAUAUCACUGAGAAACUGUGGAGACCGCUGAAGCUGGGUGUGGUCCCCGUUUAUUAUGGCUCUCCCGGCGUCACAGACUGGCUCCCCAGCAAUAAAAGUGCUGUCCUGGUCGCAGGAUUUUCACACCCCAAGGAGCUGGCUCAGUACAUCCAGGCUUUGGAUAGAGACGACAAGGCGUACGAGGCCUACCUCGAGUGGAAAUUAAAAGGCCACAUCUCCAACCAACGGCUUCUCACCACCAUGAGGGAACGCACCUGGGGAGUGCAGGAUAUCAUGAAGGACAAUUACAUCGACGCUUUUGAGUGCAUGGUGUGUAGUAAAGUGUGGGAAAACAUCAGGAGAGAAGCAAAGGGAAUGUUACCGAGAAGAUGGAAUGCGGAAGCCAAUCACCUGAGCUGCCCCAGACCUGAAGUGUUUGUUUUUUCAUCUUCAAACACUCACAGAACGGCUCUACAGGACAUUUGGAUACCGAGUUUCGAGCAGUCCAAGAGAGAAGCGAAAGCCUUGAGGCAGCUGGUCGAAAGGAACCGAAAUUUCACAGCGCAGGAAUUUUGGACUCUGGUAUUCAGGGAAUGACUUGAAGGCACCUUGACUCCAGCUAGGGAGGGGAAACAAAAAAAAGCCAACCUGCAAAAGAGCUUGUAGGGUAAGCCAUUGCCUAUAGAUGGCCUUAAUAUGCUAAGGAGUGGUUUUAGCAACAGAAUGUACUAGAAGAAAAUGUGGUAUUCAGUGAAUACUAAUCUGGAAUAGAAACGACCCAAUUCGGUCACUGUCCGUGAUGUUUUUAUACUAAUACUAGUAUAAAUUAUGAGCAUAGUUAACACUGGAGCACAUACACCAUAAUUACGUAGACUUUGUCUUUCACUUCAUGGCUGCUUCCAUCAUGGAGAUCGCUUCCAAGGCGAUCCUGAUAUAAAGACAUCUGCCCACAUGGUGUGUUUAUAAACCACCCAAGUGAUGGACCUUGCACGUGAACAAACAUGACAAAGAUGCUGGGAAGUCAAACGACGGAGGGGGGGGGCAGGAGUCUUUACCUGAAUCUGGUCUGACAAAGGGCAGCUACAAUCCCCCUGGGAAAGAUAUGUGGUAAGGGGGUCUCAGAGAAAAUGCCUCAUCUGAGGCAUUUAAUGUGAUCAGCAUGCAAGAGCUGAUCAAUAGUAUUGAAACUGCUGGUAACAUCUGUAAAGUAGAACCACAUGUUGGGUGAUUGAUGCGGUUCCUUUCCUAUACCGUCACUGCUGAUCUGGGGUGGAUCGUGGGUGCAAGAAAGAGCCACGUCUUUCUCCUGACCUUCAUACUGCUUUAGGGAGGGAAGUCGGCACGGUAUAGUCUGGUCUUGUCAGAUCUCGGAAGCUAAGCCAGGUCUGUACCUGGAAGGGGGACCACCCCCACGAAGACUCUGCACAGAAAGGCCAAUGGCAAGACUCCUCUGCUUCUCACUUGCCUUGAAAGCCCCUUGCUGGGGUCGCCAUAAAUCAGGUU